UAUAUAUUUUUCUGUGAAUCGGGCUUCUGUUAUACAUCCGUCCAGCAGGUGGCGAAAAUGAGUCGAGACGUUUCUUUCUAGCCUCCGUCAAUCCCUGAAGCAGACUGUCUGGUUCUGUUAGCAGAGUUAGCUUUGUUGUGUCUUCUGAUCUGAGUGUUUGUGUCUCUGGAGCAACAAUGUCUUCAUCUCAGUCUCUGAGAGAGUUUAUCAGGGAGCGACUGACCGCUGCUGCUGAAGAAAUAUUCACAGAGUUUGAUAAAACCAUCGUCCACUACGAGGAAGAGCUGGACCGUCAGCGCAGACUGCUGGAAAUCAGCUGCAAACCCCAGAUUAACCUGCAGAGAAUAGUUCUCCCACAGCAUUAUGUUUGUAAGGAGGAGGAGGUUAACACUGACCAUCACUUCUGCAACCUAGAGAGUAUCUGCACUUUAGACCAAGAGAAGGAACUGUUGAAACCCGAACCUCAACAGAUAAAAGAGAUUUGCGCUCAGCUAGAACCACCACAAAUUAAGGAGGAACCAGAACAACCAGCUAUAAAGACUGAGCAGGAGGAACUCUAUUUUAGUCGAGAGAAAGAGCAGUUUGAACAACAGCAGUCAACUGAUUCCUUUACAGUAGUCACUGUUUAUGAAGAAAUGGACCACAGGGAACCAGAAUCUUACAAGGACCAACUCAUUGCUCAGAUUUCCUCUGAGUCUGAGAAACAAAGUCACCAAAGGAACAGCCCUGGAGAUUCAGGAUCAAGUAGAGUUGAAGAAAAUAAGAGCUUUCAGCAAAUCAGAGUGGAUGUUGAGGAUGUAGAAGAUAAAGAAAUGGAAAGAGAGGAGACAGUGCACACUAAUAACCGUGUUUCAGUGUGUAAAAUCUGUGGUAAAAUUUUUGCUAGAAGUUAUUUGACUUAUCACAUGAGAAUUCACACAGGUGAGAAGCCUUUCUCAUGUGUGACUUGUGGCAAAAGCUUUACAAUGCAGGCCAACUUGAAGCUUCACAUACGAACGCACACAGGUGAGAAGCCUUUCUCCUGUUUGACCUGUGGAAAAAGAUUCAUUGAUAAAAUAGGUUUAUAUCGGCACACAAGGACUCACACAGGUGAGAAGCCUUUUUCAUGCUUGACCUGUGGAAAAAAAUUUGCUGUUAGAGCAGCUUUAUGCCGACACACAAUAACUCACACAGGUGAGAAACCUUUCUCGUGUUUGAUGUGUGGGAAAGCAUUCAGCUUAAAAGCAAGUUUAUCUCGGCACAUAAGAACUCAUACAGGUGAGAAGCCUUUCUCAUGUUUGACUUGUGGAAGAAAUUUCAGCGAUAGAGUAGGUUUAUCUCGGCACAAAAAAAUACAUACAGAUGAAAAGCCUUUUUGACUUGUGGAAAACAUUUUACUGGUUGAGUUCAUUUGACUACUCAUUUGAUGACACACUGAGGUGAGCAGGCGUGAUCUUCUGAUACUCUUAUACGUUGGUGUACUUGAGAAGUGAAGUUGAACCUUGUAGCUCAGGGGUCACCAACCUUUUUGAAACAGAGCUACUUCAUCGGUACAGUAUCAUCUAAAGGGCUACAUGUACUGACCUUUGAACUACAAGAGUUUAAGCUCACCAUAACUUUACAUAAUAUAAAUAUGUUUUAAAUGUCAUUUUUAAGUCUAUGUAAAUACAAGUAUGAUUAAAAAUAAGCGCAA